CAGAAAUCUUCCCCAGUCCAAAAUUUUUUUUUCCGGUUUGUUGCGUUCACAUCGGGAAAUCAAACGAACGCGUGUUCGUUUCUUCGCCCGUUACAUAAAAAAAAACGAGAAAAAAAAUCGGGGGAGAGAAAACAAAAAAAAUCCUACCUUCUCUUUUAAAUUCUUUCCUUUAAAAUGAGACCCUAAAUUUGAAAAGUCUCCUCUUUUUUCUUCUUGUCCCUCUUUUGGUCCAAGCUCCUAGCCUAGGGUUCCUCAUCUGCAGCUGGUUUUGGGGAACAAGAUGGCUUUGAGGUUGGACCUCAAUUCCCCACCGCUACCGGCUGACGGAGCGUCGACCUUUAUCAAUCCACAGAAUGCUUCAGCUGGGUCCAGUAAGGGAUUAAUUGAUUCGCCUAUUGAUGUCGAAGCUCUCGAUGAUGAGGUUCAGCUGUUACCAUCAUCGGCUACAUUCCCUCAAAGGAGGAACCACCAACGUAGGAGGAACGACAGACUGACAAUAGACCUUGAACAAGCCGCGGAGACCACUGCUGUGCAAUCAGGUGUCAGUGUAAUUGAACCAGCAGCCAUCUUAUUGUCCCUAAGCAGUCCAACCAAUCAUGAAAGGACUUCAACAAAGAGGAAAUAUAUUAUUCAGCAUCCAUUAAUUGACGUGGAAGAGUAUGCUCAGACCAAGUCUCGGAGAGAGAAUGCUAUGUAUUCAUCCCAUAAAGAACCCAAAAGAGUAGUCGCCGCCGCCACCUCCGCCGCCGCCACCACCACCACCGAAGGAACCGAUCUUCAACUGUCCUGUAUGCAUGCAUCCGAUAACAAAUCCAUGCUCAACUUUCUGUGGCCAUAUUUUCUGCCAGAGCUGCCUCGAGGCUUCCAUUGCUGCCGCCGUCAAGAAAAAAGCAGGAAAGCUAUGCCCUACUUGCCGCACUAAGCUUCCAGCAAGGAAGAGCUUUCACCGGGUUUACCUCCCUAACGCUGACUAAAGGGUAAACUGGUACUUUUUGCUUUGGAUGGAUGUAAGUUUGGGCAUUUUGCACUUUAUUUCCAUUAUUGUGAUGCCCAAAAUUUUACGGUUUAUUUGUAAUUUUUGUUGUGACUGGUGAUAUUGGAUUGAAAUUCCAAAGCAAAAGUUUAUGUGCCUUUUGGAUGUUGGCUUGGUUUCCUAAUAAUAAUCCUGAACGGAAAUGUGCACUGGGAGUGUUAAAGAGCUGCUAACAUACAUGGCUGUUGAUUUUUUUU